UUUGAUUUGAACAUAACCUAUAUAUACCUAACCUAUUUCGAAAAUCGCUUGUUAUGCGCAAGGAUUUUAAUAAAAUCCUUGGUUAUACGCAUUUUUUAUUUUUUUUUAUAGCCGUUCGUGUUUUUAGUUUUUACAGAUCUGGAAAGCAUAAAAUAUAAAUAAUGGCACGCAAUGCUGAAAAAGCUAUGACAACUUUGGCUCGAUGGCGAGCUGCUCAAUUAGGUGAAACAGAUAAACAUAAAAAACGCAGGCCAUAUUUGGCAUCUGAAUGUAAAAGUUUAUAUGCCUGUGAAAAAUGGAGAAUGCAAAUUAUUAGAGAAAUUGCUAAAAAAGUUUCUCAAAUACAGAAUGCCGGUCUUGGAGAAUUUAGGAUUCGUGACUUAAACGAUGAAAUUAACAAAUUGCUAAGAGAAAAGCGGCAUUGGGAAGAUCAAAUAAAGGAAUUAGGAGGUCCGGAUUACCAAAGAGUAGGCCCUCGAAUGUUAGACCAUGAAGGAAAAGAGGUACCUGGCAACAGGGGUUAUAAAUAUUUUGGAGCCGCAAAAGAGUUACCUGGAGUACGAGAAUUGUUUGAACAGGAACCACCACCACCUCCUAGGAAAACAAGAGCUGAACUUAUGAAGGACAUUGAUGCUGAUUAUUACGGUUACAUGGAUGACGAUGAUGGGAUUCUUAUACCACUAGAAAUGAAAGCUGAAAAAUUGGCGAUUCAAAAAGCUGUAGUAGAUUGGAAAGAGAGAAAGGGGCAGAGGCUAAAUAAGGACUCCGAGGAAGAGGAGGAAGAAGAAGAAAACAUAUACUCAGUACAAGAGUCGGACGAUGAAGAAGACUCUGUAAAACAAGUUGCCGAUGGUUCACAACAAAGGUUUGUCGCUCACGUACCAGUCCCGUCGCAGCAAGAUAUUGAGCAGGCACUUUUGAGGAGAAGAAAACAAGAACUAUUAGAAAAAUAUGGUGUACAAGAAAAUCAAUAAAUGUAUAUUUCAAUUUUUUGUUUAAAUACAAUUGUAAUGGAUUAAGAUAGUUAUGAGUAAAUAUAAUAUUUUAUAUUUUUA